CCAUGCGUGAGUUCUUGUGUACUUUGCUUAAACAACCAAGAUUUUCCUCAAAUUUGAAAGAAAAUUACGCGUCGUUCAUGUUCAAUCGGUGCGGAUAGCGGAUACAGCUAGCUCUUCACUUGAUAUAUUGCGAGGUACCUACCUUGGCAACGUACUAUCUGAAUCCGAUUAGGUUCCUUCUCUUAGCUUCAUUCAAAUGGCCAAAGGGAAACUCAUGACACGAAGUCCUGCUAGGGGAUCGGGGAAAAAGAUGGUGACGGCCGACGGCCUGGAUCACCCCAUCAGUCUAGAGCUUUGCAAAAGGCUGAACAGAUUCUACGAAGCCUUGAUACUGCUUUCAAGUCUGAUGCAGGCUUGUUCGCGCAAUGGACAACAGCCGAACAAAGCUCCGAGCGAUGUCUCUGAACCAGGCGAUAAUUAUAGAAUGACUCAUGAAUGCUUAAUGAAUAAGCUGGCGCAGAUUUGCGACAAUCGGCGUGGAGGCGAGACUGUCACAUCUGUGGCCAUCAUCCAGUUACCUGACAGUCUGGUCUAUACCUUUGCAUCCAACCAGAGGUCUCCUAUAGAGAUCAAGGAAGCAGAGACAUUUCUUCUAGAUCUCUUUGAAUACUUGAGUCACACAAGUGCAAGUUCAUCGGUUAUUAUGGAAGAUGCCACUUCGACACAGGCCCGCCAUGUACUCGAAAAGAUUUUGGCCUUCAAUCACGAGCGAGUCCAGUGCUAUCGCAUUGGUCUGGCUCAUGGACUUACUAAAUGCAUUGAAGAUUGCGAUAGGUGUGGAUCUGUGCAUGAUAUUUCGGUCAAACAAGCAUUGCUGAGGCUUCAAAGCGUGGCUGACAGCUCAACAACAUCGGCUGGAAACAUCUCCCCUUCAGGUAACGAUUCGAACUCUUUAACAUUAGAGUCCUUGUGAAGAAUUCCCGGUUAAUUUUACAGUCGCAGAGAAAAGCUCGCAAGACGAUGAAGCACUUGUCCGGGCGGCUGCAGACCUUCGGCAAUCAGUAAUUUUCCAUUCCAUCGUCGACAGAGGAAAGCUGGGAAGGUUUGACGAAUCACCG